CCAUUUUUGAAAACAACACCUUCACGAAGUACAUGUAUAUUGCUGUAAACUUUGAUCGUGAUUUCGUGGCAAAAAGAUGUAAUCCGACGUAGGUAUUUUAUCACUACUAAUUGCUGAUGGAAAUUGAUCCAAAUUACGAGUACGAGGCUCCGAAAUGGUUUGAUUUUACGACAAAUUUCCAGGGCGAAGUCAACGAUAAUUUGAGGUGAGAAAUUUUAAACGCAAAAAUCUAAUCAAACAUUCUGAGCAUACUAAAUCUUAAGCUUAGAAAGGUUGCAGCUACCUUUUGUCAACCAUAUGUUUGUAUGCUGAAUUUUGUUUAAAAAGACAUCGUGAACCUUUCGGUCUAAGUUUAAUCAGUGCUUUUAAAAUUCCAUAAUUUUUUUCACAAAAGCUAAGCUAAAAAGUCCAUUGAAACUGAAGCAAUCGAUUUCCUUGCUUGAUUUCAGAGUUAAAGGAAUGAUCACAUUGUCCCAAAUAAAGAAAGUUAAAUUUAAAAUUAUUGUCAAUAUUUGAGCCUCCACAUAAUUUCCACCACUUCGGUAAUUUACACACAUGACUGGACAAAAUCUUAGUGGAAACUCGCCCAGGAAAACCUUAAUUUCAUUUUUAAAAUGAUGGGAACAAGCCUGCGAACACAGACGUUUUUUCGGUCGUCGCUUCUCUCCAUCCAAUACUAAGUAUCUUUCUAAGAGAGGUGUUGGUACCAUAAAGAGUCAAUAACCAGGGUUCAAAGAAAAUCAUUUUUACUGCUUGCCAUUCGGGCAAGCUGAAGCUAGCAUUUACUAGCCCAGACGUCAUUUCUACUAGCCCCAAAAACUUUUUGACCAGCAGAAUUGAUGUCACAGUUCUUCUGUUAUUCGAAUUUCUCAAAAAACACCACCUGCCCGUCAGGCAAGUUAAAAACAGAAUUCACUCGCCCGAUAGCAAAAUCCACAGGCCCUGGGGUAUCAGACACUACUUUCUUUGCACACUGAUAAUGUUUACUGAAAAGCCUAUUCCCUGCCCCCCCACCCACCCCUUGACUCAUGAAGCACCUUUUAUGCAGGCUAAUAACUGAAGAACAACAGUUGCUAGUUAUACUAUUAUAGCUGGUCAAGUAAUUGGGAACUCUCUGUCUUAUAGAGGCAUCUAUUAAGAGAGAACAACUUGAACAAUAACCAACUAUUUUAUUUGCCUAGUUGAAGUUAACGAGAAGUUUAUUAGAAUAGAAUAAAUUGACCAGAUAAGGCGAAAAACUACGUAGAAUAGCGAAAGCUAAAUGAGCUGAGAGAGCUGACUGUAAUCAAUUUUUUGUUUCAUUUUUCCAGUCUUGAUGAUUCGUGGUUUGAACGAGUUCACCCAUUACAUGAGCCCAGGGAUCCAAGCCACCAUGAUGCUACCUCUAAACCCUUACUUACCAGCAACCCAGGCACCACAACAGCACCCUCUUGCUCAAAGCCACAGACCAAGAAUCCAGUCAAGAAAAACUACAACAGUAAAAAGUCUUUAGGGAUUAAGACAGUCCGCACUAAACGAGGGCAACAUGAGAAUGCAAAUCUCAAAGGGGAUAGUGGUACAGGGUCAAGAAACAGCACUUGUCAUACUCAAAAGAAAGAGACAUCAUCAAAGAAAGGUUCAAGGGGCAAAAGUGAAUUUGAUGGAAGAAUCAGCCCAAGUGAGGUUCAGCAUAGCUUUACACCACCAUGGACAAACUCACCUAUUACUAAACAAGGUAGGGAUUUCAAAGAAUUAGCCUGCAUAGCAAGCGUUUCCAUUUGGUUUCGGAGCAAAGAAAUACCGAGGAAGGGGACUUUCGGUUUUGACCGCGCGAGAAAUGACUCUUGUUCCUCGUUCUUUUCUCCUAAACCGUACAGAAACGCUUGCUACGCAGGCUAUCAAAGAAUAUACAUCAACCAAUUGUUUGCCUGAUCUUUAGCAAGAAACAAGCCAUGGCACCUUGAUUUCUAGAACAAACAAAUGAAAACAUAAGUAGCUGUACAGUUACAACUGUAUGAUUGGUCUUUGGCACCAUCAACGUACUAUAAAUUUACUAACACUUAUAUUGUUGCAAAGAAUUCAAUAAAUUUACCGGAAUUGCUAAAAACUCACCCUAAAAUCUCAGAAUGAUCGAGGACAUAACAAUGUGUUUUUUGUCUUUAAUGCUCCAUUUUCACUUAAAAAUGAUGGUAUUCAAGACGCCCAUCCAGUUCUCAUAGUGCUUAAAGGUGAUGUUACAUGGGACGAUUUGGAACAACAAUGUUUAGUGCAAUAUAUGCAACGUUUCAACAUUAUUGCAACAUUGAUUUGAAUAGCUGCAGCAUUGUUCCAACAUUGCAACGCUGUGUUCUGCAAAAAGUUGUUGUUGAAAAUCGUCCCUUGUACUAUUGAUCACCUCAAAGCAUUUUUACAAUUGGUUGUGAAUAAAAGGGAGAAUUGGACAUUGGAUUAGGUGUUGAAUUAGGGUCUUAUCUCACACCAGUUAUGGUGAAUUGUGUAAUUUUAAAAACGUACUGUACAUGUUGUGACGGACACGUUCUCCCGACUCUUUGUUGUAUCAUUGUUUUUUUCUUUAAAUUGUUAAUCAGUUUAUUUUAUUUUUUCAGCGGAGAUAACACGAACAAACAAAGUGGAAGGGAAAAGUGGUAGCUUAGGUGAAUUAGCUGAUUUUUCACCACAGCGUGUUCCUGUACCUCAAUCUCCGCUGUCUUCUGACCGUAUCAGAGGCCUCAAGAGUUCAUCCAUGUCGCCUUGUUCUCCAAAGACUUCAAUGUUGUCAAAAGCUGUAACUGGGAAUGUUCAGAUAGUUGGCAGGAAGCGAAGACUGCUGCCUUCAGUUCCUGAUACAAAGAAAAAUCCAUGUGUAUCUGAUAAAAUGACUUUUUCUUCUCCUGGUCACUGUUCUAACCAGUUAGAUAACCAAGGAUACAAGAAAUUAGCUGAAACUUCCUCUGUCAGUAAGAAUUCUGACCCGUUAACAUAUGGAUUUAACCAGGGAUUGCCAAGUUCCUCCCUUAGCAAUAUGGAUGAGAAACCUUUAUUGAGGGAGGAAGUGUUUGAUGGCAACAGCAAGCCAUUGCGCACAACAGAGUCGUGUUUGAAAAGGGAAACUGUAAAUCAUGCUCAACAUUGCAGUGAUGAAUUUUAUAGGCAAGAGAGGAAUGUGGUCAGUGAGAGAUCCCUGAACACAAUACUUGAAACACAUAAGCAGGCUCUCACAGCAAUGGAAACUGACAAGGACAGAGCCUUGAGAGGUGAAAAAGUGGCAUUAAAUAAUGACAUGAGUCUAGAGGAAUUGUUAAAACAACAUAACAAGAAAAUUUUUGCUACCCGAAACCAGUAUGAUGAAAAUGGACGUAAGAUUAGAACUGCUGAACCCAGCUUUUGUCCUGCUCCUUCCAAAAAGUUGACGACUUCACUGAAGUCACCAUCAUCAUCAACAACAACAGCCUGCAAAAGACCUGUGACCACAAUGCCAAAGCCCACAGCAUGUGCAAAACAAAAGCGACGCUCUUGUGUGGCUGCUGUUGGCAAUUCCCGUGAAUCAGCUAGGUUAAAUGCACCUCCAGUACCGUCUAAGGCCCAUACAAAUACUAGCAAAAGGGGCAAGGAAACUUUAAAACAACAAACAGCAAAACAGAAACGGCGCUCAUGUGUGGCUUCACUUCAAAAUAGUACACAGACAAACACUGCAGAUAAAGAAUUGCGAGAUUUAAUUGCGCAGCAUAACUCCAGAGUCAGUGCUAAGAGAAUGUAA